AUGACCGACCACCAAGUUCAUGAAAAUACCAGACGCCAUCCAGUGAAUGAUGAACAACCGCCUCCGAAACCGCCAAUGAGCGAGCAGGAGAGACUGACGAAACUAGCGAGCGAUAAAUAUGUAGAAAAGGUCGCAGAAGACGCUGCAGACAAGACGGUAGACUAUGCGGCGGAAGAUCCUCAACAACGGAUAGACGACGCAAAAGAGCAAGCAAGGGUGAGGCCAACUAGUUUUCUUGACAGGUUUUACGUUGGCUAA